UUCCUCUCAGGGGAGCAAGUGUACAAGGUUACAACAGUAAAUUCUACAUGUCUGCCCUUUAUAUCUCGUCCGUGUGUGGCAGCUUUUAGCAGUAUGUUACUGACAAACUUCACUAUUAUUUUCCUACACUGAAUUUCUCAAAAGCAGCAGCACUACAAAUAUUCUCUCAACUUCCCACUCAAUGUCCCCUAAUAACCAAAAUCUUUACUUCACCUAAGCAAAAUUCAUCACCAUGAUUCUACAGAAACUUCUUGUUUUACUUGUCAUUUCAAUUUCUAUGUCAUUUGGGGUCAGUUCAGAAGCAGAAAAAUCAAGAAUGCAUAAUGUGAAAAUGACCCAUGUAGCUGAACCCUUUAAAGAGUCUUUUUCAACUGGAAGAAAGUUGGGAUCUCUGAAAAAGAGCAUAAAGUUGGAAUCUUUGAACAAAUCUAAAGUUGUGCUGAGGGGGAAGGACACUGUUCAGAGUGAAAACAACACAUUUGAAAUGGGGUUUUUCAAGACUAAUGAUGAAGAGAAAUGGUAUUUUGGGAUUUGGUUUGCUUCAAUCCCUACACCUACUUAUGUUUGGGUUGCUAAUCGUGAGAGGCCUAUAAAGAAUCCAUCUUUAGCUGCUUUGGAGAUUACUGAGGAUGGGAAAUUAGUGCUGAAGGAAGAUUCAAGAAGUAUUGUGUGGGAGACAACUAACUUGGAGAAAGGUAGUGUUGUGAAGCUAUUGGACCAAGGGAAUUUGGUUCUUGUUACUGAUGAAGGGAGUUUGGUGUGGCAAAGUUUUGAUUUUCCUACAGAUACAUGGCUUCCUGGGAUGAACUUGACUGCUACAAAAUGGCUGACAUCUUGGAAAAGUACUAAUGACCCAUCACCUGGAAGGUACUCUUUAAGGCUGCAACCACAAAGCUAUGGUGAGAUAGCUCUUUUUUACAAUGGUACUCGUCCAUAUUGGUCUACUGGGAAUUGGAGUGAUAAUGCAUUUGUUGGGAUACCAGAAAUGACUGUUCCUUACAUUUAUAAGUUCAAUUUUAUAGCACCUUUUACUCCUAUGGCAUCAUUUGGAUACUCAGAGGUGGCAUUAGAGAAUGGAAUGCCACCUCCUUUGACUAGGUUCAUGGUGGAUUUCAAUGGACAGAUUAAACAAUUUACUUGGAUCCAACAGGCACAAAGUUGGAGCAUGUUCUGGUCACAGCCAGAGAAUGUGUGUAGAACUUACGGUUUGUGUGGGAAUUUGGGGUUCUGUAAUAGUAUGUCAUUGAAUCCUUGCAAGUGCUUACCAGGGUUCAGCCCUUUGGAUGGUGAUUCAUGGGAUGCAGGGGAGUUUUCGGGCGGGUGUCGCCGCGAGAGUAAUGAAGUUUGUAGUGAGAAUGAUGGAUUUGAGGAGGUUGGAAUGGUUGGAUAUGAUGGGGCAAGGGUAGUUUCAAAUACUGUAAGUAGAAGUGAAUGUGAGAAAGAAUGUUUAGGUUAUUGUUCUUGUAUUGGUUUGUAUCACAAUGAGAGGACUAAUUUGUGCACGAUUUUAUAUGGUACAUUGCUCAAUCUCAGAAAUCUUAGUUCUGACAGCACUAUUGAGGAUAAGCUAUAUGUAAGAGUUAAGGGAGGAGGGAAUAAUCAAAAGAAGCAGAUACAAAGCAGAUUACUUGUGAUCGAAAUGAUCGGUGGAUUUGUGGUAAUUCUGUCAGUUGGAAUUGGGACUUUCUUGGUAUUUAGGAGGAGAAGAAUAAGGAAGAAGAAACAAGAUGAGGAAGAUGUAUUUCCUAUAAUGAAUUUGAAGGUGUUUUCAUCCAAAGAGCUUAAUGCUGCAACGAAGGGAUUCUCGGAGAAGCUUGGUCAUGGUGGCUUUGGAACUGUGUUCCUAGGGGAACUAUCGGAUUCUUCACUCGUGGCUGUGAAGAGACUUGAAAGACCUGGUGGUGGUGAAAAGGAAUUUCGAGCUGAGGUGUGCACAAUAGGAAACAUUCAGCAUGUUAAUUUAGUGAGGUUGAGGGGAUUUUGCUUUGAAAAUUCUCAUAGGCUUCUGGUUUAUGAGUACAUGUCAAAGGGUCCACUUAGCGCAUAUUUAAGGCGAGAUGGUCAGAAUCUAAGUUGGGAUGUUAGAUUCCGAAUUGCUGCUGGGACAGCAAAAGGUAUCGCUUAUUUACACGAAGGGUGUCGCAAUUGUAUAAUACACUGUGACAUCAAACCAGAGAAUAUUCUGCUAGAUGAGGAUUUUUCAGCAAAGGUUUCUGAUUUUGGACUUGCAAAGCUCCUUGGUAGGGACUUUAGUAGAGUGUUGGCAACCAUGAGGGGUACCUGGGGCUAUGUUGCACCCGAGUGGAUCUCCGGAUUGGCGAUCACAACUAAAGCCGAUGUAUAUAGCUAUGGCAUGACAUUAUUGGAACUGAUAAGUGGUCGGCGCAAUGUAGAGACACCCCCUUCAGCUAGAGGUGAAGUAGGUGGAACAGACGAUAAAUGGUUUUUCCCACCAUGGGCAGCUCGCCAGAUAGUCGAGGGAAACAUUGCAGCAGUCAUGGAUGAAAGACUAUGUGGAACAUACAAUGUCGCGGAGGCUGAGCGUGUGGGAUUGAUAGCGAUUUGGUGCAUUCAGGACGAUGAAUCAAUGAGGCCUUCCAUGGGAAUGGUGGUGAAAAUGUUGGAAGGAGUAGUCGAGGUGACAACGCCUCCACCUCCAAAGCUUCUCCAAGCAUUAGUAUCGGGCGAAUCAUUUCGCAGGGUAGGAGUUGAUUCGAGUAUCGGUACAUCACGAGAUGGAGGUUCCAGCUCAGGCAUGGGUAGUGCACUUGAGACACUUUGUGGACAAGCAUUUGGUGCAGGCCAAAUAGAAUUGUUAGGAGUUUACUUGCAGAGAUCAUGGAUAAUCCUUGGUGCUUCUUGCUUCUGCAUAAUGCCACUCUACAUCUUCUCUACACCGAUACUGAAGUUGUUAGGCCAAAGAGAUGACAUAGCAGAGUUAGCUGGAAAAUUCUCGAUACAAAUAAUACCUCAAAUGUUCUCCCUCGCCAUCAACUUCCCGACCCAAAAGUUCUUACAAGCACAAAGCAAUGUCACUAUUCUGGCUUGGGUCGGGUUUAUGGCUUUGGUCAUGCAUGUCGGGGUGCUCUUUCUUUUCAUCAGAGUCUUCCGAUGGGGCGUUACUGGUGCUGCUGCAGCCUAUGAUUUUUCUGCUUGGGCCAUUGCUCUUGCUCAAGUGGUUUAUAUUGUUGGCUGGUGCAAAGAUAGUUGGAGAGGGUUGUCUUGGUUGGCCUUAAAGGAACUUUGGCCCUUCGUAAAGCUUUCUGUAGCAUCAGCAGUGAUGAUUUGUCUGGAGAUUUGGUAUUUCAUGACCAUCAUUGUUCUAACCGGACAUCUUGAGGAUCCGGUCCUUGCCGUUGGAUCUCUUUCUAUUUGUAUGAACCUUAAUGGAUGGGAAGGCAUGUUGUUCAUUGGAAUUAACGCAGCAAUAAGCGUUCGCGUUUCCAACGAGCUUGGAUCAGGCCACCCAAGGGCUGCAAAGUAUUCGGUCUUUGUCACAGUUGCUGAAUCUCUUAUAAUUGGCAUAUUUUGCAUGGUACUAAUCAUAUUAACAAAGGACCAUUUUGCAUUGCUGUUCACAAGCAGUGAGAAAAUGCAAAAAGCAGUUUCUAAGUUGGCCUAUCUUCUUGCUGUGACCAUGCUGCUUAAUAGUGUCCAGCCAGUUAUAUCAGGUGUUGCUGUUGGAGGAGGAUGGCAAGCACUGGUGGCAUACAUAAACUUGGGUUGCUACUAUGCCAUUGGCCUCCCACUUGGAUUCCUCUUAGGCUAUAAAACAAAGUUGGGAGUCCAGGGAAUAUGGAUGGGCAUGAUAUUUGGAACUUUUCUGCAAACUGUAAUUCUUUGUGUUAUCGUAUACAAAACCAAUUGGAACGAAGAGGUGGAACAGGCAUCAGAGAGAAUGAGAAAAUGGAGUGGGAUAUCUGAUGAAUUGGAAAUUAAAUAACAUUCCUAUCAAAUUUUGAAGAUGAUAUUAUCCAAUUGGCCAAAUAGAAGUUUGAUACGAGAAGUCGACGUUCAUAGUAUAAAUACUCACAUAAUUAUAGAUUUUUUUUUUUAUUAAAAUCAUGACUCUAUGUUCAUAGUAUAAAUUUUAUACAGGUUCUUAACGUGUUAGAUAUAUCAAAGACAAUUUUAACCUUUUUUUUUUGGUUCUUUUGGUGUAGAUGAAAAUGUUAAUGUAAAAAUACAUCCAUUUUCACUA